UUUAAGUAUUUUAUCCCAUGUCAAGAGCAGGCUUCUUCUUCUGGUUGGGGUUCAUAGGUGUAGUGUAUGCGAUUGUGUGUGGCUGGAUUCUUGAGCGUCAGUCACCGAAAGCCAGGCUUCUAAGCGGCGAUGAAGCUCCAGUUCUGGCUGAUUUUAGUACCUGCAACGUGGAGCCGCCAGACUUUUCCUGUGAACGGGAAUUCUUUUUCGGCCUUGCGACUGCACCAGCUCAUGUAGAAGACAAGCUGAACGACUCCUGGUUGGAGUUUGCGCAAGAGAAGAGAUUCAAUGUGAGAGCAUGGCAUAACAUUCCACAACCCGAUGAGCGCCUCCGUUUCUGGUCGAAUCCCGAGGUAGAGCUUAAGCUGGCGAAAGAAACGGGAGUGAGUGUGUUUCGACUGGGCAUAGACUGGGGUCGAAUUGUGAUAGCUGAGCCAGUGAAUGGCAUCGAGCAAGUGGUGGAUAAAGCAGCAGUAGAGCAAUACAAAAAGAUCCUUAAAAGUGUCUUGGAUCACGGCAUGCGAGUUAUGCUCACUCUUUUCCAUCAUUCUCUUCCAAAGUGGGCUUUGCCAUAUGGAGGCUGGACGGACACUAGGACGAUUAAGUACUUCACGGAGUUUGCAAGGUUUGCCGAUGAGAAUUUUGGAGAGUAUGUUGAUUACUGGGUGACAUUCAACGAGCCACACAUAUUUGCCUUGCUCACUCACUGUUCCGGAACCUGGCCACCGGGUGUUCGACUGUCGCUGUUUUCCUCUUUGUUGUGUUUCUCCCCGCUCGGUGAUUAUGGGAAGGCUAUACGGGCGAUAAGCUCUGCGCAUAUUGCUGCGUAUGAUGUGCUCCACGAAAGAAAUCCAAAGGCCGUCGUAGGAGUUGCUCAUCAUGUGGGAGUGAUCAAGCCUUAUGGUUUUCUCGACAUUCCCGCCUCGCUUUUGUCCAAGUGGCUCACUCAGUUUCACUGGAUUGAUUUAAUCCAAGACCACCUUGACUUCUGUGGGAUAAAUUACUAUGGCCAGGAAAUUCUGUCUGCGGCUGGGCUGAUGCUAGACGAACGAGAAGAGUACAGUGAGGCUGGUAGAGGAGUCUAUCCUAAUGGACUGCUCGAAAUACUCGAAGCGUUUCACGAUCGUUACAAGACGCGCAAGCCUGAGCUCAGAUAUAUCAUUACAGAGAACGGCUUUUCGGACGCUCGUGAUAUUUUACGAAGGCCAUACCUGAUCGAACACUUGCUGGCCGUGAGCACAGCUUUGAAGAAGGGCAUUCCAAUCGAUGGUUACAUCCACUGGACAAUCUCAGACAACUGGGAAUGGGCAGAUGGUUACUGUCCAAAGUUCGGCCUUGUGUCGGUCGAUCGCUUCAAUGAUCUGAGACGAGUUCCACGGCCAUCUUACUACCUCUAUCAGCAGAUCGUGCGAGGCAGGAGAGUAACGCGGCAAAUGAGAGUGGAGGCGUGGGAUGUGCUACAAAAGGAAGUAAGAAGAGGUAGCAUGAGACCGUUUUGUAGAGGAUUUGAUGCACACGGCAGGAUGUGGGCAGAUGGUCUUGACACUCCGGCAAUGCGAGCUUAUUCUGCAAAAGACUGGAGAUUUGGAGAGUAUCAAUCGCCGGGCAUUGUCAUUUACGCGGGGAGGUCACUCGACGUUCUCCGCAUCCUUGCCAGUGAUACUAUCAAAGCUCUAAAGAAUCUCAUCGCCAGCGACAAACAUUAAGAAAGCUUGGAAAUGAGUUUGGUUGAAUGAUCACUGGGAUUCUUGACGACCAAAAAAAAACUUGUUUUGUAUUCCUUGAUAUAUGAUAUGAUUAUUAGAAAGUAAAGCAAGCACAAGUACCUGUAUCUAAA